AUGGCGCGUUCCCGCAUUACCACACUUCUUCUCGCUCUUUUUGUCGUCCUUUCCACCGUUUCUUAUGUCUCGGCCAAGAAGGGUCCUCUUGUAACCAAUAAGGUCUACUUUGAUAUCAAGCAAGGUGACGAAGACCUCGGUCGUAUCGUUGUUGGAUUGUAUGGCAAGACCGUUCCCAAGACUGCUGAAAACUUUAGAGCUUUGGCUACUGGCGAAAAGGGUUAUGGUUACAAGGGAUCCAAGUUCCAUCGCGUUAUCAAGCAAUUCAUGAUCCAAGGUGGUGAUUUCACUAAUGGUGAUGGUACUGGUGGCAAGUCUAUCUAUGGUGGCAAGUUUGAGGAUGAGAACUUCAAGUUGCAGCACACUGGACCUGGUGUCCUCUCGAUGGCUAAUGCUGGCAAGAACACCAACGGCUCUCAAUUCUUUAUUACCACUGUCAAGACCUCUUGGUUGGAUGGUCGUCACGUUGUCUUUGGCAAGGUGAUCGAAGGUAUGGAUGUUGUGGAAGCCAUUGAAAAGACCAAGACCAAUCGCCGUGAUAAGCCUGAAGUGGAUAUUGUCAUUGCUGAUUCAGGCGAACUUCCUGUCGAGGAGAUCCAGCAUAUUGAAUUGUAG